CCCCCGCCGACAACCCCACGAUUACCAGCGCGAGGCCUAUGGAGCCCCAAGCACGCGCCGCUAAUUAUGAGCUCGAUAGAAGCUCUCUACAUCUUCGAUGAGCACAACACCCCCCUCCUCGAGCAGACCUACACCGGGCGCCCACCCUCGGGCAGCACCCUCCUUCCGCUCUACCUCGCGCACCCGACCCCGCGCCCCUCCCUUAUAUACCUCCCAAACACCAACCCGCCCACCCUCCUCUACUCGAUAAUCCAGGACCAGCUACUUCUUCUUUGCCCCUCCUCCAAUGACACCGAGCCCCUCCAGAUCCUCGAGUUCCUGCAUCGCGUCACCGAUGCGCUGGAAGAUUUCCUCGGCGGGCCCCUGCUAGCGAGCAGGAUCGAGGCCCACUACGAUGUCGUUGCGCAGCUGCUGGGGGAAAUGGUGGACGGCGGCGUCGUGAGCUGCACCGAGCCGAAUGCGCUGAAGGACGUGGUGGAUGCGCCCAACUUUAUGAAGUCGCUGCUGGGAGGCGUGGGUCUGCCCAGUACAACGCCGAGCAGUCUGACGCCUUCGAAUGCGCCGUUCUCGUUGGGAAACAGGCCGAGCCCAAGGUUAGGACCCAGUGGUGGUGCGCCAGCACCGACGGCGAGCCCGGUGCCCUGGCGGAGAGCGAAUGUCAGGCAUACAAGCAACGAGAUGUACGUAGACAUCGUGGAGACGCUGCAUGUCACGCUUUCACCCUCUGGGCGACCGCUAGCAGCCAUCGCAAACGGGAUGAUCGCCUUCACCGCGAAGAUCUCCGGCGUCCCAGACCUGUUGCUCCAACUCGGCUGUCCAGGCGGCAUCGCCAACGCCGUGUCCCUGCCGACCUUCCACCCCUGCGUCCGACUAAACAGAUGGAAAGACCGGCCCGGCGAGCUCUCCUUCGUCCCGCCAGACGGCCGCUUCACGCUUGCCGGAUACGAAGUCGACCUUCUGGGCUCCGCAGCCCUCGAUGCCUUCUCCACCACUACCCCCGCCAACGCAGCCCCAAAACUCAACAUCCCCGCCACCGUCUCCGUGCAAACCUCCCUCGGCCCCGCGGGCUCAGACUUCGAAGUCCGCCUCACCCUCAACCCGCGCUUCAAAGGCAAAUCCUCCAGCCCCCUCCCCAGCACCACCUCCUUCAGCGGCCGCGGCGGUCUAGGCAAGGGUCUCGGCUCCGGCGCCUUUGGCGGAUCAUCAGCCGCCGGCACAACUGCCGCCCCCGCCAUGGACGGGAUGGUCAUCCACAUCCCGCUCCCGGCCGGCGUGAAAAGCGUCGUCGAGCUCAAAGCGUCCCGCGGCGCCGGCGAGGCUGUCUUCCAGCCCGCCGACAGCCGCGUCCGCUGGGCCAUCAACAACCGCGAGAUCGCCGCGCUCAUGGCCAACGACCGCGGCACCGGCGCCGGCGUGCUGGCUACGCUGCGCGGCUCCGUCGUCGGACACGACGAGCACGAUGGCCACGAUGGGCCGGAUGCCUCACUCGGUCUGUCGAGUAAUACGUAUGACUACGACGACGAUCAGACGGCGGGGUAUCAGGCGGCGGCAGCGAGCAGCAGAAAAGAGGACGGUAAUGGUGGUGGGAAUGGGAAUGGGGAAUUGAAGAAGAAAAACAAGGUAUUCAUGCCGAGCUGCGCGACGGUGAGCUUUACGGUCAAGGGGUGGCUGCCGAGCGGGGUCAAGGUGGAGAGUUUAAACGUCGACCAGAAGAAGAGUAAGGGGUUGGGGGCCGGGGUACAACCGUAUAAGGGGGUCAAGUAUCUCUGUGUUAGUCGGAAGGGGGUGGAGACGAGGUGUUAGAUGGGUUAGAGUAUAUAUGAAUACGAU